GGAUUUGAUCGGAUAAAUAAGAAUCUUUUGUUUCUCCGGGAAGAUGAUGUACGAGCAACAGCAGCAACAACAGCAGCCGCAGCAAGUGAGGAUGGAUGUGAGGAAGAAGGCAGGUCAUGUGAGGAGGAGGUCAAUAACGGAAGAAGAGAGGCUUGAGAUUGUGGAUUUGAGUGGCAUGUCUCUUGACGCUUUGCCUAAUCCCUCUCUCAAUUUGGGGACUAUUUGCAAGCUUGAUCUUUCCAACAACAAUCUCCAGAACAUACCAGAAUCCUUGACAGCAAGGUUACUAAACGUGGUGGUGUUUGACGUGCACUCAAAUCAGCUCAAAUCCCUUCCUAACUCGAUAGGGUGUUUAUCAAAGCUCAAGAUUCUCAAUGUUUCUGGAAACCUUCUUGAGUCUCUCCCCAAACCUAUUGAGAACUGCAGGGCACUGGAAGAGUUGAAUGCCAACUUCAACAAGCUCAGCGUGCUCCCAGACACCAUUGGAUUCGAAAUCAUCAACCUCAAGAAGCUAUCGGUGAACUCGAACAAGCUUGUCUUCUUGCCACGCUCUCUCACCCACCUGACCAAUCUGCGCGUACUUGAUGCUCGCCUCAACUGCCUCAGGUCUCUACCUGAAGACAUGGAGAACCUAAUCAACCUGGAAGUUCUCAACGUCAGCCAAAACUUCCAGUACCUGGAAACCCUACCCUACUCCAUUGGCCUCCUCAUGUCCCUCGUCGAACUGGACGUCAGCUACAACAAGAUCACCGCUCUCCCCGACUCCCUCGGAUGCCUUAAGAAGCUCCAGAAACUCAUAGUCGAAGGGAACCCUAUGGUGUCUCCUCCCGGCGAGGUUUUCGAGCAGGGUUUGCAUGCAGUGAAGGAGUACCUGAGUGAGAAAAUGAACAGUGGACACAAGAGUCCGACCAAGAAGAAAUCUUGGGUGGGGAAGUUGGUCAAGUAUGGCACCUUCAACGGGGCCAACAGAAGCGUCUCAAGAGAUGAGAGAGAAGGGUACAUCAUGCCGGAGUACCGCUCCAUCGACGGCCUUGCUUCGCCGAGGUAUAUGGGAAUGUUCUCUCCCCGUCGUCUCUUCUCGCCUCGUCAUUACUUCAGUCGCUGAGGGGUAGAAGAAACGUCUUCAAAAUAAACAACGUCAAAAUUUAUGUUCAUGAGUCCUCUUCUGUUUAUUCUUUCUGUCAGCAUGAAUCGUGAGUCACAGACUCAUGAGGAUGAGGUUAAUUUCGUUUUUUUUUUUGUUUUGUUUUGGGUGAUUGUAUUACUGAGGCAGUGAUGUACCAUGCAUGUAGGAUAU